AACUUAUUUUUGUGAUAUUAGAGAUCAGAAUUUUCCACUGAAUUCCAAAUAUAUGUACACCUCGCAAAAUAAUAUGGAUAAAUAUUUUGGCCAUACUAAUAAUAAUAUACGUAUGUUGACAAAAACUUUAGAACAUAAAUGUAGAUAUAAAAAAGGAAAAUAUUUCAAUUAUGUAUUUUAUAUGUGAUAGAGAGAAAUUUUAUAUUUAUUUGUGUAAUAUUUUAGUUUAUCUUAGUUUUUUAUUUAUUCUAUAUACAUUAUCUCUCUGCAACAAUUGUGUGUUUCUCUGUUUGGUCGUAUGGUUGCCGGUAGAGAACGCAUUAAGUCUUCCAUCUCGACAUUGUUGUAUAUAUUUUGUGCAAUAAAAUUUUAAUAAAUAAUAUACCUACUUCAGCAUUCAUCUUAGCUAUUCCACAUUCAAUCUCAUAAGGCGCCCAGAUUUAAACCAACACACAACAAACCAAAACUCCGUAUUAUUUAAUUCUCUACACUAGCAACCCUGAUCUGGGCGGGCGGCCCGAAAUAGCCGUGGGGGGCUUCAGUAGCCACGCCGCCGCGGCCGCGACCAGCGAGCCAUGGCGUCGGUCGCCGCGUGGUUGCCCUUCGCUCGCGCUGCCGCGAUCGGCUGGGUGCCCAUCGCCACGCACCCCCUCCCGCCCCCACCCGUCCCCAAAGACCGACGGCGGGCAGAAGACGAAAAACUCCUCAUCAACGUCUCCGGAAGACGGUUUGAAACCUGGAGAAACACGCUUGAAAAAUACCCUGAUUCGUUGCUAGGAUCCACAGAAAGAGAAUUCUUCUACGAUGAAGACAGCAGGGAAUACUUCUUCGACAGAGACCCUGAUAUAUUCAGACAUAUACUUAACUAUUACAGGACAGGGAAACUCCAUUAUCCAAAACAUGAAUGCCUCACAGGUUACGAUGAGGAGUUAGCGUUCUUUGGAAUCCUACCUGAUGUGAUAGGCGAUUGUUGCUAUGAGGACUAUAGAGAUAGGAAACGUGAGAAUGCCGAACGGCUGAUGGAUGAUAAGCUAAGUGAGGCAGGGGACCAGAGUUUGCCGCAGUUGACGGAUUUGAGGCAGAAGAUGUGGAGGGCGUUCGAGAACCCUCACACAUCGACUGCCGCUUUAGUAUUUUAUUAUGUGACUGGGUUUUUCAUUGCGGUUUCCGUGAUGGCUAACGUGGUUGAGACAGUACCUUGUGGGCAUCGGCCGGGGCGCGCGGGGACUCUUCCAUGCGGGGAGCGAUAUAAGAUUGUGUUCUUCUGCUUGGACACGGCUUGUGUCAUGAUAUUCACGGCUGAGUAUCUUCUCCGCCUGUUUGCAGCGCCGGACCGUUGCAAAUUUGUGCGAUCCGUCAUGUCAAUCAUCGACGUCGUAGCCAUCUUGCCAUACUACAUUGGCUUGGGGAUCACUGACAACGACGACGUGUCUGGAGCUUUUGUGACCCUUAGAGUGUUCAGGGUGUUCCGUAUCUUCAAGUUCUCCCGGCACUCCCAGGGUCUCAGGAUCCUUGGUUAUACUUUGAAGAGCUGUGCCAGUGAGCUGGGUUUCCUGGUGUUUUCGCUGGCCAUGGCUAUCAUCAUCUUCGCCACGGUUAUGUUCUACGCGGAGAAGAAUGAGCAAGACACGAAUUUCACUUCCAUUCCUGCUGCCUUCUGGUACACCAUUGUCACCAUGACGACGUUGGGGUACGGUGACAUGGUCCCAGGCACGAUCGCGGGCAAGAUCGUAGGCGGCGUAUGCUCGCUGUCUGGAGUGCUCGUGAUCGCUCUGCCUGUGCCGGUCAUCGUGUCCAACUUCUCGCGGAUCUACCAUCAGAACCAGAGAGCUGAUAAGAGGAAGGCGCAGCGGAAAGCCCGCCUUGCCCGUAUCCGCAUCGCCAAGGCAUCUUCUGGCGCAGCAUUCGUCUCCAAGAAGAAAGCCGCCGAGGCUCGCCUGGCUGCGCAGGAGUCCGGCGUGGAGCUGGACGACGCUGGACGAGAUGAAGACAUCUUCGAGUUGCAGCAUCAUCAUCUGCUGCGGUGCUUGGAGCGCACCACGGAUCGCGAGUUCGUCGAGAUGGAGAAUCCGUUCAACGGGGCGGUGAAGCGGCCCGGGUCGCCGUCGCCGCUGGCGUCGCCGGCGCACUCCGGCCGCGCGCCUGCGCUGUUGGCUUGCUGCGCGCGCUGCGGCUGCUGUCCGCAGAAAUACCAGAAGCGCCGCCGCUCGGUGCGCUGCGUCAGUCCUAUCGGACUCACCUCUUGCCCUCGUCGUGAGGUACUGCUCUUAGAUUCGAGCAGGAAGGGAAGGAGGGGAACCAGGAGGUACACUGCGACCUCCCGUCCGAGCGAUACUUCGGUGUCCGCCGCGGCCAGCGAAGACCCUUUACCACAAGCAUGCGGCAAAUACAUUCCGGCGGGAAGCACCGUCCAGGGAAACCAGACGGGCGUAGCAAUGGACGGCACAUAUUUAGUGGAGGCGUCGUUUUAGGGUCCGUCCACCAGCCACAUGGAGAGCUACGUAUAGUCCGCACGGAUCCUCAUACGGAACCCUUAUGGACCCCCGUACAGACCCCCUGCGGACCCCCGUACGGACCACUUACAGACCCCGUAUGGACUCCCGUACGGACCCCUGUACGGAACCCCGUAUGGACCCUUGUAUAGACCCCGUGAUCAGUGAGGGUGGAACCCGAGACUAUUGACAACAAUUAUUAGAUGUAUGUUUAAUUACGUCUUUAUCUAACAUGAUACUGCCUAUGAAUUAUCAAGUUUUUAUCAAUGUGUGGACUUGAUCUUGGGUGGAUUGCUUAAAUAUGCGAAUUUAAUAUACAAGAAAAUAAGCAUAUAAAUUUAUUGUGUUCAAGAAAAUAAGCAUAUAAAUUUAUUGUGUUCAUCAAGACGUGUCGGUUGUUGAUUUUUACACAAAUAGGUAUAUUCGAUUGUUUUUUUUUAUCAUGCACCGUAAAUUGGUCGGUUUCCACGUUAAUAUCUGAAUCUAUAUAAUUUAUAAAGAAUACCUAUAUUUAACAUAAUACAUGACAACUGAAAAGCAAAUACUUUAAAUAAAUAUAUACCUACCAAUUGUUUGGGCCUAGGCUCCUUUCUAGGUAGUGCAGGGAUGCCUAAAGUGAAUCAUCAAUCAAGAGUUGUUAUUUAAACGUAGUAUCUACAAAGAUUUUUUUUUAUAAAUUAUGAUUAGUACAACACCUGAGUUAGUCGUUCAGUGGAUUUUGAAGUAGGUAUUGCCGUUGGCUGUUGUCGGCGGACGUUAUAUACGCAUCCAUUCGUCACUGGGGGCUUACCGCGAAAACCGAAAUUCGCAAAUAGCGGGGAUCUUUCUCUUUUACUCUUACUAAGACGUAAUUAGAGUUACAGAGAAAAAUGCCCGCAAUUGACGAACUUCGAUUUUCCCGGUAGGAGCCCUGAUCUUCAAAUUUCGGCAAUCGGCCGUCCGUGAUGUCACUUAUGAUGCGUUCCGAAUACCUAUGUAUAAAUUUUAAUGUAUUAUAAAUACUUCAGACAUGAUAGUACUUACAUUAAAAAUUUUCUCUUAUUAGAUUCGUAUAUUUAAGUACCUACAUUUCAAAAAAUAUAUUUCCCAAACAGAAUGUCAAGUCAGUGUUCUGAAAGCCAUGUUUUAUGACAUUGUACAAACUUCUUUUAUCUUAUCUUAUGACAGAUAUAAUGUUGUGCAACGAAAAAUUUUACUUUUGGAGUAUAAAUAUGUACAAACGCUCUUGCAUUGGUUACAGAGUUACAAGCGAUAACAUACCUUGGAGACGGUCUUACCCGAUAGACGGUAAAAAAAACGUUUGGACUUAAAUCGACCGGGAUAUGGACAGUGAUUACCUUUUAUAUUGUUUUUGAGCUCCCGAUAUUUCAAUGCAGUAACACAUGCAUAUUGUUCACGGGUAACUGGAGAUAGCGGGUGGGUGUCAAAGUUAUGUAGACCGCGCUCGGUCUAACCCUCGUUUGUUCCGGUCCUGGACGAUUUAAGUCUAGUAAAACUAACCGUGAAUCAUUCAAAACUAAAAAAAUGUUUGUUAUUAAUUAUUUUAAAGUUUGUUGAGAUUAUAAAGUUGUUUUAAGAAGUUUGUACAAUAUGUCAUGUAUGUCAGACACUUCUGAUUGCUAAACACGCUGAAAUGGAUAUUUCAAAUGAUUACCUACUUUAGAGACUGGUUUAGAUUUAGUCAUCUCAAGAAAGGCAGUUCUACAUGGGAAAAUAAUUGCCCAAGAGAUUUACCAAAAACUAUUAAUAGAAAGAGCAAAUGUCGUGCUAGCUAUUGUAAAAUAAAAUGUUAAUAUUGAUUAACUUCCUAGAUACAACACCUACAAUUUUUUGGGCUAGUUCCUGGUUAGGAACACAUUUGAAGUUCGACAAAAUUGUUCUUAUACGAGAAUGAAAAUUUGACGUUUUUGCGCUAUAACCUAUCAUCAACCCUAAUAGAUAAAAUAUGGAGAAUACCGACAUAUAUAAUUUUUGCGUAAGAAGACAGUCAUAUAGUAAGAACUCUCGUAUUUUAUACGCACUUCGCCCAGAUACAAAGGCAGUGCUUCGUUCCUUCUGAUCUACCGACCUUAUGUAAGAGAAGAAGGUGUACAAUCAAAAAAUUUACUUUCCAUACCUUGCCUCAGUGACAAUCAAUGUAAAAAUCACUAGGGAGCUUAUGCUAUUUUCACUGUGACAAGAUACAAAUUGGUAUUGUAAUUAAAUUCCUUGACCGUACAAGCGCAAGAGUUAGAAGCGAUGAAACAGCUUGUAGACAGUCUUAACUCAUGGACGCUCUUCGCCACAUUGAGCUUAUCUAAAACCAGUCUCUAAUAAAUAAUUUCCUAUCAGUGUGUUACCGAGUAGUGAUACAUGCCAGUAUUAUAAGGUUUAAUGUUGUAAAAGUGUCUUCAGUCUUGUUCUGACUCGAUUACUCGAAUGUGUAUUCUCAAAUGUUGUAAGCGUCAAUGCAAUAAGUUUUCCAAGUUACGAAAAAUGUAAAAAAGUUGUACAUGUAAAUAAAGAUCAAGUAUCGGUAUUAAAAUAAUUUUAACAUCUACUAAAGAGCAUGAUAAAGUUUAAAACGUAUUAUGUCGUUUACGAUUUUCUCAUAAUAUCAAACAAACUAUGUUCUUAUUAAGAACUAUUUCUAAUCGAUCUUUACCAUUUCUAUUUACAUUUAAUUUACCUAUAUAUAUAUAAAAGGUAAACAAUCUUGUCUUGUUUAUUGAAAAAUGCUUUUUAAAAAUCAGUAACUAUUACUUAUGAAAGCAAUUUGUAAAGGAUCGUAUAUGAUUUAUAAUUGUUACAUAUUUACCGUGAAUUAUUUUUCAAAAGCGUUAUUCAAUAAAAAGAUACGAAAAAAUCGCUUGCCUUCUUUCUAAUGCAAAAAAACUGACUAUAAUAGACAUUGAAUGCCGCUUACUACAACUGAGAUAAGUUUGGUUUUGGGCUGAGAUGAAUAACUCAUCGCUGAUUUGAAUUGGAAAGGAAAGAUCAAAUUUUGGUCUAGUCAAUAGUUAUUGAAAUCAUAUCAAUAUUAGCUGGUUAGGUUACUGGUAAAUGUUUAAGUACAUUUUCAACUUUUAUCGAUUAACGUACGUCAAUGCCGCUGAUGAAGAGUUGGCUCCGGAAAACGGUUGACGAGGACGAGCAACGAAACUAGACAGUUACUGCUAUCCUUGGAAACUUCACGUGGUUCUGGACUGAUACGAACUUCAAACCUUCAAGGAAAUAGCGUAUUCCCAACUUAAAGGCCUUGCAAAUACUCUGGUGUUGUAUGACGUAAAAAAAAAAUAUUGUAACCGGAUGCCUGGCAACUAUUCAUCGGUACAGGUC